UAAUGCGCAUGCGCGAAAAAAGAAGUCUGCUAUCAACAUUAAUCUAUCUAAAUUAGGUUAAGUUAAAUAACUUUGCACAAUAUUUUAUUUUCUUCGAUUUACAUUAUUUUAAAAUAAACAUUAGACACAUUAUAUAUCUGUUAAAUUAAUUUUUAUAAAACGAUUGGAUGUGUGUACGAAAAUAACAAUAAUGGAGAAGAAAGAAAUUUCUCGAUAUUUCAAUGAUAUUAUUAAAAAUGAGAAGGAUGUAUCUGCUGGCAUGGCUGCCAUUCGUACCUUACUAAAAGUAUUGGAACAUUCAAAAUCUGAAACAGUUCAAGAGCUCCGAAUUUGCUUACAACAUGCAAUUGAUGCUAUGCGCUCCACAGAAACUCCAGUUACUGCAAUUGCUUCAGGAAGUGAAUUGUUUCUGCGUUUUAUCACAUUAGCAACAUUAGAUUCUCCUUCAUUUGCAGAAUGCAAAGGAAUUAUGCUGGACAGAGGCAAAGUAUUCUAUGAAAAAUUAGUUGCAGCACGAGGAAAAGUAGCUAAAGUAGCAGCAAAUUUUAUUACUGAUGGUUCGACAAUACUUACACAUUCAAAGUCCAGAGUAGUACUACAAGCAAUGAAAGAAGCUGCUGCAAGUAAUAAAAUAUUUGAAGUAUAUGUAACGUCAUCAUCACCAGAUAAUAAAGGAGAAGAGAUGUGUCAAACUUUAACAAAAUUGGGAAUAUCAUGUACAGUAAUAUUAGAUUCCGCAGUUGGAUAUGUGAUGGAGCAAGUAGAUAUGGUGAUGGUUGGAGCAGAGGGUGUUGCAGAAAGCGGUGGUGUAAUUAAUAAGAUAGGUACAUAUACAAUGGCAAUAUGUGCAAAAGAAGUAAAAAAACCAUUUUAUGUACUAACAGAAAGUUUUAAAUUUGCGAGAAUUUAUCCUUUGAAUCAAAUAGAUUUACCUAAUGAGUUUAAGUAUACAUCCAGUACUUUAAAUAAUAAUUUGAAAAAGGAACAUCCUUUAGUGGAUUAUACUCCACCUCACUACAUCAGUCUAUUGUUCACUGAUUUGGGAAUUUUAACGCCUUCGGCUGUUAGCGACGAACUCAUUAAAUUAUACUUAUAAUUUGAAAAGUUUUUUCAUACAAAUGCAACAUUGAGUAUUUGUAUAUGGAAACAAGAUACACGUCUUUUCGUUAAAUUGCACACAUUGUGAUAACAAGGAAUAAAUUGUGUCUGUAUACGUGAAUUAUGUUGAAUUAUAUUAGUUGUAACAUCAGAGAGAGAGAGAAGGGAUUUCUUUAUAUUACAGUCUUAUAUCUAUUUAUAAAGACUGCUUACAAUGCAUGCAAUGUAUAACAUUGUUAUAUAAAAGUGCAAGAAAUGUAGAGCAUCUAAUAUCGAUUAAUAUGGGAAGAAUGUUGAAUAUGUUACAGUAAACUUAAUAAAUUUAUAACAAAUGAUAUACA